AUGCUGCCCCCUGGGCGCAACGGCACCUCGCACCGGGCGCGGUCGGGGCAGCAGCAGCUGGCGCAGGGGGGCGCCGUGGGGGACUCGGAGGGGGCGACGCUGCGGGGGCCCGCGCAGGUGGUCACCGCAGGCCUCCUGACCCUGCUUAUCGUCUGGACCCUGCUGGGCAACAUGCUGGUGUGCGCAGCCGUCGUGCGCAGCCGCCACCUGCGCGCCAAGAUGACCAACGUGUUCAUCGUAUCCCUCGCGGUGUCCGACCUCUUCGUGGCACUGCUGGUCAUGCCCUGGAAGGCGGUGGCCGAGGUGGCGGGUUACUGGCCUUUUGGGGCCUUCUGCGACAUCUGGGUGGCCUUCGACAUCAUGUGUUCCACCGCCUCCAUCCUGAACCUAUGCAUCAUCAGCGUGGACCGCUACUGGGCCAUCUCCAGGCCCUUCUGCUACGAGCGCAAGAUGACCCAGCGUGUGGCCUUGGUCAUGGUUGGCCUGGCGUGGACCUUGUCCAUCCUCAUCUCCUUCAUCCCAGUCCAGCUCCAUUGGCACAGGGACAAGGUGAGCUCCAGGGGUGGGCUGGACCCUCCAUCCAACCUGGCCAACGGGACGCCUUGGGAGGAAGCCGGGGAGUCGGAUAGGAGUGCAGAGAACUGCGACUCCAGCCUGAACCGCACUUACGCCAUCUCGUCCUCGCUCAUCAGCUUCUACAUCCCGGUGGCCAUCAUGAUCGUGACCUACACGCGUAUCUACCGCAUCGCCCAGGUGCAGAUCCGUAGGAUCUCCUCACUGGAGAGGGCUGCGGAGCAUGCGCAGAGCUGCCGCAGCCGCGAGGCCUGCGCACCCGAUACGGGCCUGCGGGCAUCCAUCAAGAAGGAGACCAAGGUCCUCAAAACUCUAUCGGUGAUCAUGGGGGUCUUCGUGUGCUGCUGGCUGCCCUUCUUCAUCCUUAACUGCAUGGUCCCCUUCUGCAGUGGACACCCCGAGAGCUUCCUCUGCGUCAGCGAGACCACCUUUGAUGUCUUCGUCUGGUUCGGCUGGGCCAACUCCUCCCUCAACCCCAUCAUCUAUGCCUUCAACGCUGACUUCCGCAAGGUGUUCGCCCAACUGCUGGGGUGCAGUCACCUGUGCUCCCGCACCCAGGUGGAGAUGGUGAACAUCAGCAACGAGCUCAUCUCCUACAACCAGGACACUGCCUUCCACCAGGAGAUCGCAGCUGCCUACAUCCAUCGGAUCCCCAACGCGGUGACCCCAGGGGACGCAGAGGUGGACAAGGAGGAGGAGGAGGAGGCAAGCCCUUUCGAUCGAAUGUCCCGGAUCUCUCAGACGUCCCCGGAGGGUGACCCUGCUGGCCAGUCGGUCUGGGAGCUGGACUGUGAGGGGGGAAUUUCACUGGGCAAAAUCACACCUUUCACCCCAAAUGGAUUCCAUUAA